GACCUUUACACUGUUCCCCCUGCUUGAACGUGGGUAUUUAGGUUCGUCCAGAUUGUUUUAAAAUCAGUGUUUGUGGUUUUGAAAAAUAACCGCCCAUCUGGUAGACUUGAGUGAGUUGUUGUGAGUGAGCUGCACAGAAGUCUUGAGAGACCCGACCACAUCCCGGCGUUCAGAAGAGUUGGUAACUCUAGGAAAGGACUGGUAGGGUUGACGAGUGGACCCGGGGCAGGCAUGGGUUGCAGCCACAGCAAGAGGAAAAACAAAGCGAAGGAGGAGGAGAAAACGGUGAAGGAAGUCAACAACCAUCAAGAUGGAGGAGGUAAAGUCCCUCUGGAGGAGCUGAACGUGGGUCUAGAAACGGAGAAGCAGCUGGGUCAGUAUGAGUGGCAGCUGAAGAUCCUACGGGAGGUGCUGUCUGCCUCUGGGACCCAGGAGAGGGAGGAGCUACUAAAAGACCCAACCCAAGGAGAGCUCUGUGCCCUGGUCCACAACAUCACUGAGAAGUUUUGUGGCAGAACGGCAAGGACCGGCCCUGCUGAGAAGGUGAAAACAGAGACGGCUGCUGAACUGACUGUUCUCUGUGAGGAGAAGAGCCAGAGGACUGCAGAGCAGCACGAGAGACAGCUGGAAGAACGGCAGAGGAUACAGAGUGAAGAGACAAAACGACUAACAGAGACCCACCAGACAGCUGAGAAAACGUUGAAGGAGGAGGUAGAGGAGCUGACUACAGAGCUCCACGUGUACAAUCAGUUAAAGAAGAGAGUUGACGAGUCUACCUUCAAGAAGGACCUGCAGCGGAACAUUCAGGCCCACGGCAGUCCUGGGCCAUUCUGGGAGCGGGAGCAGGAGAGUCUGCUGUUUGUCAUUGAGAUGAAGAGUGAACGUAUUCAGACGCAGGGGAACAAACUGCUACAGAUGCAGGUUCUGGUGGAGAAGAAUCUGUCUCUAGAAGACCAGGUCAUAAAUGUUCUACAGAACAAUGAGGACCUGAGGGUUCGGAUCGACAACCAUCAAAGCCUUCUACAGCAGCUCUCCAAGGAGCACCUGGACCUUCAGGGAGUGUUAGACAGGCAGACCGGUCUCUGUCAGAGGCUCACCCAAGAGAAAGAGCAACUCAUGUUUAAACUGAAGCACAGAGACUCCUGUCCUACCUUCCCAUCCUUCCCCAUAGUGUCUGAGAUCUCCCCCAGCUGAUCCGAACAGGACAGUCCGGGUUACCUCGGUCUUAAUCCUGUCUAGGGUUGUAAGCAUGGAUCCUGAAUCCGGGAAACAUUCCCCUACUUCUGAAAGUAUAUAUAUUUUUUUUCUUCAGAAAUCCCUGCUUGGAGGAUUCUAAGAAUCAUGAAGGAAUACAUAAUGAGUGAUUCCUCCAACCUGAAAUUCUUCAAGUGGGAUUUCUGAAAAAGCGGGGGCUUUUGGGAAUGUUUCGGGACUUUUUGCAACCCUAACCUUACUUUGACAACCAAAGUCCAGGUACCUUUACAUAAGGCUAUAGUCACAUGUUUGAUGAAACCUCAUGCCAAAUAAUGUUUUUAGUCCAGUUUUGUACCUGCUGUGCCUUACAGUACAUCAUGUUUUUCUAUAGCAGUAUGGUGUUCAUACAAAAGGACUGUUUUUUUCUCUUCCUGCUGUUCAACUGAGAUUAUCAUUCAACUGACAUUCUCAUAGUUGUGUUACUGUUCAACUGAGAAUAUUCUAGGUGAAUGUGACAGUGUUCACUUUGAUGGUUUGACUUGCGGUUGUAGACAGAUGUUCACUCAUGUAGUACAAACUUAGUAGCUAAAAAAAAAAAUGUUUUAUCUAGCUUCCUAUCGAGACACUAUUACGUCUAUCAAAAUGCAGUGUCAAGGUUUUACAUCACUCAGUAUGGAAUAGACGUUACAGAAUAUAAUGCAAUGUAUACCAUUUAAACAGUUACUUUAGACAACUGCCUUUGUAUUGGGAUAUGUUUAUACUUUUUUAUAGAAUAUGGAAAAUAGAUUGCCAUGUUGGCAGUUUGAUUUUGUUAUUUUUUUCUGCAGAUGAGGACAAUGGAUAUUUUUUUGACUUUUUUAAGUAACAAAGAAACAGAAGCAUUUCUGUGUUUAAAAAUAUAUAUUUUUCUUCUGAUGCACUAGCACUUUUAAUUAGUAUUUUACUAGUACUAAAUGUGAGAGGUAGUUCAUGUAAUUUUGUUAUUCUUGCAUUUACUUCUGUGUUUUACAUUUUGUUGGUUUUACAUUUGAAUCAUUUAGCUGAUGCUCCUCUCUUCGAAGGUAGCGGAUAGAUCUAGAAGGAGAGAGGAGAGAGGAGGUCACAAUAAACAGCUGCAUCUGAA